AAGUGGUGAGUGAGGCGGUCGCGGGCGUAGUGCGCGAUAAGUGCUUGGUAGAGCACACCGUGAUUUACUGCUAUCGGACCUUCUGAAUAAUACAAUAUCCUGCUAUCAACAUCGUAUUCAAGUAUCUUAGUAAUUGAUUCUAUAGUUAUUUGUGCUAACAUCCCGGGGCCCUAUAAAUAAAGGCGAUUCAAUGGAGGCGAAAGAAUUUAAGGAAUUCGCAAAUGCGAUGACCAACUAUAUCGCAGAAUAUCUUGAAAAUAUCCGCGACAGGCAAGUGGUACCAUCAGUGAAACCCGGUUACCUGCGUCCUCUGGUGCCGGAACAAGCGCCUGAGAAGCCGGAGCCAUGGACCGCAGUAAUGGUGGAUAUUGAGCGCGUGAUUAUGUCUGGUGUGACGCACUGGCAUUCACCAAGAUUCCACGCCUAUUUCCCUACUGCCAACUCUUAUCCCGCUAUUGUGGCAGAUAUGUUGAGUGGAGCAAUUGCUUGCAUAGGAUUUACUUGGAUUGCGAGUCCAGCUUGUACGGAACUUGAAGUCGUAAUGUUGGAUUGGUUGGGUCAGAUGCUUGGACUUCCUGAUGAGUUUUUGGCUCGUUCCGGUGGAGAAGGAGGUGGUGUUAUCCAAGGCACGGCCAGCGAGGCAACUCUUGUUGCUCUGCUUGGAGCUAAGUCGAAGGCUAUGCAUCGUGUUAAGGAAGAACAUCCUGAAUGGACCGACGUAGAGAUAUUAUCUAAGCUCGUGGGAUAUUGUAACAGUAAGUUGUUUAAAUUGAUGAAUUAAGAAUACCCAAAUAUU